GAUCUAGAUCAGUCCUCUAGUCACCAUAGAUCUGUUUACAUUCUAUUGCGUCCCUUGUCUUUUUGUUUACCCCUCUGGAUUGGAGUUAGAUCUAGUCAUCCGGAACAUUCGAAGCCACAGAGCUCUGUAACAAUAGCCAGACCUAAUUUUACCUGUAGUACAGUGGUGUAUGCCGGCUGGGUGUAAUCAUAAAUCAGCUUAUGAAUUUGAUUUGUAUUUGUAUUAGUCUGCUACUUUGUUUUGUGAAGAACUAAACCAAGCUUUGAUGCGAUGUUUCUCUCAGUAUAUAAUCGUUGAUAGAAAAAGCAGAAAUCAGACUUCAAUUUUUUAAAAUCUUCACAAUGAUAUGAAUUCUGUACGCCCCUAUUUAAGGAAAUAACCUGUCAUCGUUGAGUUCAAAGAUCUGUGGUAUUAGCCAUGUUUUAAUUUAUUAUAUGUGGUGAAUCAGUGAGUACCAAAUUGGGAUGGAAUUCCUCCAUGUAGCAAUUGAAUAUGUUCAGGGCUUGGAUAUUGACUAUAUCAGGUGGGUGCUGUGGUUGGUCUACCCAAUUCUCAUCACAUUUCUGCUGCCUCUGUGCAUCCUUGUGCUGAUCUAUGUAACUGCUCUGAUGCUCUUCAUUUACAAACAAAGAAUGAAACUCAAGGCUGCUUACGACCGGGAUUUUUGGUAUGGUGCAAGAAAGACGGUUGGAGCAUUGUGGAUUGCUCAGGCAAGGAUUUGGCAUGGUUAUGAAGUGGAAGGUUUAGAAAAUAUUCCAGCAUCAGGCCCGGCCCUUAUCAUCUACUACCAUGGAACGCUUCCCGUUGACUUCUACUAUGUCAUGGCUACCCUGGAAAUGGAGAGGGGCCAGCAGAUACACAUUGUUGGAGAUCGCUUUCUCUUCCAUGUUCCAGGAUGGUCUACCCUUCUGGAAGUCUUCAAAGUGACGCCUGGAGCGGUCAGCAACUGUGUGGAAGUUCUUAGGUCUGGUCACUUAUUGUCUAUAGCUCCCGGUGGUGUCAGGGAAGCCCUGUUUGGAGAUGAAAACUACACCGUUAUGUGGAGCAGUCGCUGUGGAUUCGCUAAAGUAGCUCAUCAAGCCAAUGUGCCAAUCAUUCCAAUGUUCACCAUGAAUAUCAGAGAAGCUUUCAGAACUCCUGGCUGGGCCAGAGCUUGGCUUCGAGGAUUUUAUGAACGCACUCGUCUACCUCUAGUACCAAUUUAUGGAUUUUUCCCGGUGAAAUUAAAAACAAUAUUUGGGGAGCCUAUAAUUCCUAACCCAACAUUAUCGCAUGAGGAGCUGAGAGACUUGGUGAAGAGCAGAAUUGAAGACCUUAUCAUUUCUCACCAGCCUCGACCAGGAAGUAUCCUCCAAGCUCUCCUGCAGCGUUUUCCAUGGUUUCGGUGACGGCAGCCAUGUCUUCGUACAGUUCCAGAGGUUUUCUCCUGCCCUAUUUACAGCCUUAUUUAGCUGACCCUUUAAGCCAGUGGCUGCUUUGUGCUUGUUCAGUCCAGUGACCAAACUAUGGGGACCAGCUUCAAGAUGGUGAAAUUUUGUUGGCAAGUAUACUUAGUGAAAAGGCUACUAGGUCACAAUAUUGAGCUAUAAUUCUGAAAAAUGCAUUUUUAAGUACAGUUGAACCUGCUUUAACAGCCAUCUGUUCAAGGCAAACAUGUUCUAACGAUCACAUCCCACUUCCCCUUGCAUUAUGAUGACACUGUCCAAGACAUCCAUUUGUCAAUGACGACUACUUUUGCCUUUGAGAAUGGGUAGCCAUCAUGGACAAGUUCAACUGUAUGUUUAAUCAGGAAAAGCAUUUACCAGGAAGGUCUACUAUUGACUAUAAUAAUAAGUACAUUUACUCUAAGUUAGACUAAUGUUGUGUCUUGGAAGCUCUUUCGCUCAGGUAUUUUUCUGUAUUUUUGAAAGUGUUGUGUAAGUGAAGAAGGUUGAGCUUCUCUCUUUCACUUUAGGUGAUUGGUGAUGCCCUCAUUUUAUUGGCCCUAUGGGCUGCAUGUGAUGUGCGGUGCAAGUAUUGAUAUCAUAGUAAGUGUGUGGUGAGAACGGCACAUUACCAUCCCUCUCUUGUUUCUGUCUUGAUUUUUCACCUGCGCUAAAUGGUCAUUGUUGUGUUGUUGAGCAGUUCAUUAGCUCCGACUGCAUAUCAUUGUUUGAGUGUUUCUUGUUUGCCGUUAUAUGAUGGGAACUGCUUCAGGUGUCUUUACGGUUGGAUGAGGCUGGAGGGUCUGUGGGUUCGAGGCUAGCUUGUGGGGUUGAUCGGGAUGUAGAGUCUGUAUUUACAGUGUGGGCGAGAAGUGAAGGUAAAGAAACAGCUGGUUUGUGCCAGAGAUGAAGGUGAUGGCACAACUGGUUUGAGCUAGGGGGGAAAGCAAUUUAUUGGUGCAAGAGGGGGAAAAAAGACUGCUGUACUGUUAACAGUGAAGGAAAAUCUUUUGUGACAAAGUUAAAAUACGCACAGUAGAUGUUUGUCGGUGAUUAAGUCAAGCUCUUUUGAGCCAUAUCUUUUCGUGGGAUUCCUGGUAUAUCUUUUGUACUAUCCUGAGAUUAUCUAUCAAAAUCUUAAUAUUUUGCUGAUUUUUUUUAUAUUUUGGUUUGAAUAAUUGUUUUGUGAAGUCCACCCUCACUGUGCUAUAAAUAUUGAGUUCACCAAUUUCCUACGAAGCAAUGUGGGGUGCAUUGCAAAACUGGACUUUGUGUAUUGGUAACCCACACUGUGUGUAUUGACUGGAUGACAAUUUGCUUUUGUAUGAAGGGAGUAGACGAACUUUUAUCUAAUGAAUGCUUUUAUGACAAUUGUGGGUAAGUAUCAUCUGGAAUUUUAUAAGCUAAAUCAUUUCAUCUAAAGUCUGGAAUUACUUUGAGGUUUGAAAUUUAGAGAGAAGUUGAAAAAUGGUGUUACGUUAUUGUUAAUCCUACGUCACCAUUAGGCUUGCCAUUUACUACUGCUCUCUCUCUGAUUGUUCUUGACUUAAACAAACAUUAUAGCUUCUCACAAGGGAAAAGCAAGGCUCUUUCAAGAGCAAGUCAUCAAUAGGAUUGAAAAUGAAAUUCUUUCAGACGACUAUAGUAAGUCUUCAGGAUGUGAGAGUGGAAAUUCUAGUGACUUCCAUA